CGCAAAUGAAGCUUCGUUCCGCUCUGUUUUGCCCCAAUUUAUUUUAUCUAUGAAUUGGCUUGUUAUUACUAGCAAAUAAUGGUGAAUUAACUGGAAAAAUCGGGUAAACUUAUUUAGAACCUUACGAGAAUGUUUGAAGAAUGUUUCGGAAACGGCCCAUUUAUAUUCAGAAUAAAUGAAAACGGAACGGGACCCCAACUUUUAACCCAGGUUUGCCUUGAACGCGGGUGGAAAGAAUACAACUCUGAAAACAAUGAAAAUAACUGGAAUAUAUGGUGGAGGACCUCUGGGUUUUCAGUGAGCCACCACAAAAGUAUUUAUGCUUGGCAGUUCUUAAAUCAUAUCCCAAAGGGAUCUGCUAUAUGCAGAAAGGACAACCUGAUUCGAUAUCUAAGAUGUAUGAGAAAAAUUUAUGGAUCAGUUUACGAUUUUAGCCCUCAUGGAUACAAUUUACCGUUAGAAUAUACAAAACUAGCGGCAGAAUGUAGCAAGGGAAGACCUCAAAGUAGUAGAGAUGACGAUUCCAGGUUUCCAGAUGAGAAACCUAUAUGGAUAUGCAAGCCCGUAGCUCAGAGUCAAGGCAGAGGGAUUUUUUUGUUUAAAAAACUUAGCGAACUGAAUUACGACAGCAACACAGUAGUUCAAAGGUACAUCGAAAGACCAUUUUUGAUCGGAGGAUAUAAAUUCGACUUAAGAUUGUACGUUUGCGUACCUUCGUACCAUCCAUUAACGAUAUAUAUGUACAGGGAAGGUCUUGCCAGAUUUGGAACUGAUAAGUUCAGCUUAAACGACCUAAAAAAUCCAUUUAGACACCUCACAAAUUGCUCCAUAAACAAAUUAGGACCUGGUUAUCCGGAAAUGAAGGAAAGAGUUGGAUCAGGGUGUAAAUGGACUCUACGGCAGCUAAGACGAUAUUUUCAACAAGCCUCUACUUCAGAUUGGAUAAUAUGGCAAAGAAUAACCACCAUAGUAAUUUUGACAAUAUUGAGUCAAGCUCAUCAAAUUCCUCCAACUGUUAACUGUUUUGAGUUUUUUGGAUUUGAUAUUUUGAUAGAUUCUUCUCUAAGGCCCUGGUUACUUGAGGUAAAUUUAAGCCCUGCUUUAAGCAAUGAUUGUGACGCUGAUAGACUAGUGAAAAAGCCAAUGCUCCAUGAUAUGUUUGACCUAUUAGGAUUACCUCUAUAUAAUACGGGAUUGUCCAUUUUCAAUAUUUGGCUGGAUGAUUCUAAUAAAGAAAAUGAAAAUAACGAAGAAAAAAAGAAAAUGUCAUUAAAAGAAACAAUAUCUGCCAUCAGUGCUGCCGGAAGGUGGCGCAAAAAAUAUAAAAGAAUGUCGGCUCACCACCAGCAUCAAAACUCUCGAGCAAACAAAGGCAGAACUAGAUUUCGAUCUAUGUCUGCUCAUAACCAAAGGACUUACAUGAAACUGCCGGACGCUCAUUUUGAUAGUCAUUGUUUGGAUUCCGCCUAUGCUCAUAACGUGCCAAAAGAAAAACCGAUUGACGAAAUAUACAUAAAGUCAGAUUAUAAACCAUGGGGGAAUGGGCGAGAUUGGAACUGCCCAAAACCCAGUGAAGGUGGAUGGGUGAGAAUUUGGCCAUGGGAUGGAGAAGAAAAAUUAGAUAGAAACAAUAAUGUUAGUAAUCAUUUUAAUAAUGCUGGGGUGAAAUCUAUGGUUAAUAAGAUAAUAAAAUUUAAUAAAAUUGCUAAGGAGUUGGUAAAGACACAUCCAGCAGCUUCCGAGAGUCAGCUAUCGGAGUUUCUUCAGCAAGAAAUGGAUAUUACGGGGGAAAUAUGGAUACCACCACUAUAAAAAUAUUGUAUUCUAUAAAAUUAAUUUAACAAACUAAGUCUAUUCAGUUAAAAGUUUCUCAAAAUAUCAAACGGUACCAACAAAAUUACAAUUUAAUAAUAUUUCAUUAUUUACACUUCUCUUCUAAAACUGCCAUUAUUUCAAUCACUAAAACUGCCAUUUUUAUUCAUGCUCGAGUUUAUCUACUUUAUUUCAAUUUCUAUAGAGUUUAAUAACAAUUUGAUUGAUUAAUAAAAAAGAUUAUUAUUUUCUUAAUCAAGGUGCCACUCAAAUUUGCAUUAUGCCAGCCAGCACUCUCUAAAAAAAGAAAAAAUAAGUAUAACAAUAAACAUCA